AAUAGAAGAUAUAAUGGGACUUGGUGAAAAAGUAGAUUAUCGUAUAUCUAUGCUAGUAGUACUAUGCAAGGAUUGUAAUCAAGAUGUUGGUUUAUAUCCUGCUCGCCAUCAAUGUCAAGUCGAACGACCUCCUUUACCACCACUUCCACCUAUAACAAUAACGUCAGAAAAGUCAGAUCCACCUAUCACAACAUCUUUAUUACGUAAAACCUCAUCUCCUGCCCUUUUAAGAAAACAAUCAGCUCGUGAACCAACAACUUUGAAGGACACAAACACUAUCACUAGAGCCAACUCUACUAUAACAACAUGGUCAUCACGAUUUGGAAGACAGCGAUCAACUAAAAGCAACAAUAAUAAAGAAAAUAGCCCUUUAAGUGAAACCUCUCUGAAUGACGAUCAGAAGGAAGAAGAUACAACAAGUUAUUUAGACCAUUACUAUGCCCAACUACCUGAAACGGAUGAACAACAACCAAAAACAACAGGACUUAAGAAAAAGUGGGGUGGCUCAGUAAGGCAAAAUGAAAAAUGGAAACAGCUUGUGGAUAAAAGUGAGAAAGAGAAACAGUCUAGUCCAAAGCUAUGGAAGAAAUUAGUUCAAGCAACACAAAACAUGGCUUCACAAGACGAUCAAGGGCCAGAAUCAGACGAAUCAGAUUGGGAAGGCGAAUCACAUGUAUCACGGAUAUUACGCGAAUAUUAUGAAAAAAAGCAAGUCAAACUACCUCCAUGGUUACUGGAUGAUCGCACACCUCUGGCCAAAACAACGGUAUUGGAUGAAGAACCUCUUUUACAACGACAAAGGUCAUCAUCUUCACGAGGACGUUUAUGGGAACAAUCAACAACUAAAGAAGAACCAUCAGCACGCGAAUUGGAACGACAAGCAUUUCGACAAGAACAUCGACAAGUCCUGAUGAAUAAUAACGAUAAUGAUCAUAGCGACAUGGAUGAUGACAGAAGGAGAUACAAAGAUUUACCAUCGACUGAUGACGAACACCAAUCUAUCCAUCGAAAAAGCAAAAGAUUGGAACGAAUGAAAUCAGCAAGACGGUUUGUAGAAGAGCAAUAUGAAGAAUAUGAUGAUAAUGAUCAACAUGGACCCAACCCAUCUUCAUCCAUUCGACGACAGCAUACAGUAGGACAGAAUAGGAUGGAUCAAGUUCUUUUAGUACAACAAGCACGUCAUGCCGCAAUAUCAAGAUCAAGAAGUGAUCGGGCCAUUCGAAAUAUUUAUCAAGAUCGUAAACAAAUGGAAUCAACUGCUAUUGAAAUCACUCCUUCUAACUAUCGAUCUUUUAUGUCAUCAUCCAAUGAAAACAAAUCGCUGGUCGAUUCUCUUUCAUCCAAACAACAACGUCCCAAACAACGUUAUUUGAGUCAACGACAAGGACUUGAUUAUUUUUAGAUUAGAAUUAUUUAGUUUUAUUCUUCAAUUCUGAUUAAUAAAUCACCCUCUUUU